UCAGCGUCCCCGGGGGGAUGCGUCGCGGCCCGGGCGGUUCGGGCACGGAGCCCCGGUGUCCCCCGGCCUCAUCCCGGCGGCCCAGCACCGCCUCCCGGCCGGGCGAGGCGCAGCGGGCCGGGGAGGAGCGGGGCGGCGGGGCCGGCGGCUGCCCCCUCACGGGUCCCGCCAAGCGCUUUCCGGUGGGCGCGGUGGAUGCCAUCCUGCGGGACGUGCUGCGGGGAUACCUGCAGGAGCAGCCCUACGAGCCAGGCGUGUGCAGGGAGAUGGCGAAGACCAUCGCCGAGGUUAUCAAAGCUCGGGUAAAAGACCUUCUGGUGCCCAGGUACAAGAUCGUUGUGGUUACACAUAUUGGGCAGCUGAAUGAGCAGAGCAUGCAGAUCGGAAGCAGGUGCCUGUGGGAUCCUGCGACUGAUACACUUUCGUCGUAUGUGUUCAAAAACACUUCACUGUUUGCUCUUGCAAAUGUCUAUGCUAUCUAUUUUGAAUAAUGAGGUAGUUGAGUUUUAGCAGUGGGAGAAAUUAACAUUCUCUCUAAUUCUUCCUGUUUCUGUUUCUGAGAACAGUUGUGAAGGACCUCUAGAAGGCAACUCUAGCCUGUUUUGUAACGUGGUUACCAUAAGGUUUUUGGUGGUGGAUGUAGUAAUUGUAUUUCCCAGGGCUUUCUCUGGGAAGUGAUUUUCUGUAAAAUGCCGUUUUGCACCUGAUUCUAACUGCUUUCAGAACAGCGUAUCCCUGUAAUACUUUUUCUCCUUGCAUUUACUGUGACUACAUGAUCCCCAAAUAGAAAUCACAGGGGGAUUUUUUGAAAGUAAAACAAAAGCAUUUUGAAAUAGUCCACAUUAAAUGGCAUUUUCAGGCAGUUAAGCAUGUGCCUGGCUCUGCAGCAGUGGCUCCGCGCACACACUGGAGCCACGUCCCCUGCACACCUUGUGUGGGAGAUGGAGGGGUCCCUUCAAACCUCCUGCCCCGGGAGCUCUGUGGCAGGAGGGCAGCAGCUCAUGCAGGGGACGUGAGUUCUGCCCUGAGUGCAGCCCUGUGUGCAGAGAAGGCAGUUAGCUGUGCCUGGAGAAUAACUGUCCCACAGCAUUUGAAAUCAAAUGAUAAAUGCCUUUAAAUUAUAUCAUGUUUAGAGUAUAUACAUCCAACAUGUCUGGCCCCUUUUAUUUAAGGUGCUUGAAUCUAGCAAAAAAUUUGAAUUGGGUUUCUCAGCUGAUUCCUGCCUAUAGAUAGCAGGGGACAUACAUCUCUGUGCUCAGAAGCGUGCUCAGAAGCAGAUUUCCAAUCAGUCUGGGUGCAAAUUAACUGCUCCCUAGGCAGGACCUUGGGUAGACUUGGAAACAGCUGCAAUAGGAAACAAAUCAUGGCACCUGCCCUUUUUAAGGGGAAUCAGUGUUGAAUUGAUCAUAGUCUCUACUGCUGUAGCAGUGGCUCUGACUGUGGCAGGGCUCUGACUUGGAGGCCUCGUGGUGUGAUGGUCUGCACAGAAUUAUUUGCACGGCAUUGUUUUUAGUCUGAUACUGCCGAAGAUGGGCUUUUUGCUACCCGUAUUUCACAGUUGAUACCAGGUCCAAAAUCGGCUGUUGGAUUUUCGUAAGUAAGAGAAAACACCUGUGGUAAAUGGCUUAUAUUACUACAUUUUAUGUGCAGAGAUGAAGCUGGACUAGUAGUUAGAUGGAAAGAAAAAUUGUACUUGUGUCUAAAAAUGUAAUGAUUUUAACAUUUAAAAAUUAAAACACUAUACUUUGUAGAAGGUAGACAAACCAACGUGAGCUGCCAUUGCAGCCA